UCGGUGAAUGCAGUAUCUGGAAUGACUGUGCAUGAUGAAUGUAAACUGAAGUUUGUGGAGUUAAAAGCGAAGAGGAAUUACCGGUUCAUUAUUUUCAAGAUUGAGGAUGAAGAAGUGGUGGUGGAGAAACUGGGAAGCCCAGAUGAAGCCUAUGAGGACUUUACUGAGUCUCUGCCUGCCAAUGAGUGCCGCUAUGCUGUCUAUGAUUUUGAUUUCAUCACUGAUGAGAAUUGCCAGAAAAGCAAGAUUUUUUGCAUUGCAUGGUCACCUGAUACAUCAAAGGUGAGAAGUCAGAUGGUCUAUGCUAGCUCCAAGGAUAGAUUCAAGGGGGAACUGGAUGGCAUUCAAGUCGAGUUGCAAGCAACAGAUCUUAGUGAAAUGAGCCUUGACAUUAUAAAAGGGCGAGCACUUAAAUUGAAGUGUGGACUCACUAUGAUGGCAUUGAGUUCAAAAGUAGGAGCCCCAUUGGGGCUUACAUUCAUGACAAUAGAGUGUGAAGAUGUAAUUUCAACAAGGUUAACAAUUUUCCCAGAUAUUCAGGAUGGGACCAUAGAAGAACUUAUCAUAUAUAGAAAGAAAGAUAUGCAAGAUACCAAAAAUGGCCUAAGGAAUCUGGGAUUUUCUUAG